AUGAGGAUUUAUGAUAUCCCCGUUCACUACAGGAAGGCUCAAGUGGUGUCUAUGAUUUACUCCUCCGUUGCCAAACCGAUCUAUAUGGUUGGAUCUGAAUCAAAUAUAGACAAAGGAAGGUAUUUAUGUGUUAUGGUUGAGGUAGAUGUGAAGGAAGCAUUGCCGGACUCAAUAGUAGUGGACAUUCAUGGGGUUGACUGUGAGCGUGAAUUUGAAUAUGAAUGGAAACCUCAGGUCUGUACUCUAUGUCAACGAGUGGAUCAUGUUCAAGAAAAGUGUCCACAAAAGGUGGUACAAGUGAAGCCUAAGAAAAUGGUUGGAAAAUGGAUGGUAAAGCAUCAAGGUAAAAUGGUCAGUCGAGAUGAAGAUGAUGUGCUCGUAGAAAAGUCUCAAAAGAAUCCUUUGAUUCAUAAAGUUGCAGAGGAAACAAUCACAACGUCAAAUACAUUUCAAUUAUUGCAGAAUACAAACCAAGACGAAGAUGUAAUGGAGGGUUUACAGUCUAAGAAUAGGGCUUUGGAGGCAAAUACAAUUCUUAUACAAGAAGUUUUGAUGGGGGUUUUGCAGUUAGAACAUAAGGCUGAGAAAGAAGAAGUUGUUAUAGGGGCUGGCAAGACUGAUUCGGUUACAAGUGCAGCAGGGGUAAAAUGUGGUAAUCCAAGUGAUGCUACUGAUUCAGGGAAAGUUACUAAUGCUAAGUCAGUUGAGAGUGUUGGCCCUAAGACGAACAUUGCCAUUGAUGUUCUAUUGGUUGUGUUGAAGAGGGCCAGCAGGAUAGAAAUAUGUCUUCUAAUAAUGCUCCAACAGAUGACCAAGGUGGAGGGAAAUCUUGACAACAUGCAUUAUAUAGGGUCUGGUGUUGGUUUUUAUGUUACUGCUAUAUACGCUGCAAAUAGAGCUACUGCUAGAAGGGACCUAUGGCAAUCCCUGAAAGUACAAGCUACUAAAGUUCAAGGGCCUUGGAUUGCUUUGGGGGAUUGGAACAUGGUUAGAUAUAAUCAUGAGAAAAAAGGUAGACUGAGAAUUCCUCAAAGUAGACUUGAUGAAUUUAAUAGUGUUAUUUAUGAUAUCAAGAUGGAUGAUAUUCCUAUCAACAAUGGCGAUUGGUCCUGGUCUUCAUUGUCUGAUCACUAUGGUCUAGCUACUCAAUGGCAUUUUGAUUGUUCUGAAGGUCCUAAACCAUUCAAAUUCCUUAAGAUUUGCUGUGUUCAAGGGGAAGUUGAUAAUGUGGUUGCCAAAGCUUGGGAGCUUUCAGUGAAAGAUGCUGCUAAAGAAUGGAAUAAGACAAGAGGUUUAAUUUCUGAGCAACUCCAAGUUGCUAGGGAGGAUCUACAGAAAAUUCAAUUGGAAAUGCUACAAGGUAUAAUGAAUGAAGAUUGUAUUUCUAGAGAAAGGGAAGCUACUGGAAAACUGCAACAUGUUUUGGAUAUUGAAGAAAUUUUCUGGGCUAAAAAAUCUAGAAGUAAAUGGCUGAAAGAGGGGGAUAAAUGUACAAAAAUUUUUCAUAAUUUGGUCAAGCAAAGGAGAGGCUUCAAUGUUAUUACCAAGUUACAAAAUUUAACUGGAGAACAGUUUGAAGACCCCAAGACAAAGCACCUGGUCCUGAUAGUUUCCCUGCCAGGUUUUUUCAGAAAUAUUAGGGGAUUGUUGGACAAGAUAUUAAGUAUUGUGCUACUUGUUUUGAUUGGUCCUGAGCAAUCAGCUUUUAUUAAGAAUAGAAGGCUGCAUGACAACAUUCUUCUAGUAUCUGAUUUGGUUAAGGAUUUUGGCAAGAAACAUGGUGUUCCCUUUAUUGAAUUGAAGGUGGAUUUGAAAAAAGCUUACGAUUCAGUGGAUUGGAAAUAUAUUCUAUGGAGAAUGAAGGUUCAUAGCUUCAGUGAUAGGUGGAUUGGUUGGAUUUCGCAGUGCAUUACUAUAGCUAAGUUCUCUAUUUUGUGCAAUGGUGUUCCUGCUGGGUAUUUUGGGGUCACUAGAGGGAUCAGACAAAGUUGUCCCUUAUCUCUAUUCUUAUUUUCAUUUGUUACAGAGUAUUUUAGUACCUUAAUGAUGAAUGGGAUUCAGUCAGGUCGAAUUCAUUUGUGUAGAGCAGUGUCUACUUCUGGUAUGUGUAUUUCUCAUGUUUUUUAUGAUGAUGAUCUACUUGUGGUGGUUAAGGCUGAUGUUUCAACUGCAAAAAGUGUGGAUGUUGUCUUCAAACAAUUUCAGGAUGCUUUUGGUCUUCAAGUUAAUAAAGAAAAGAGCUCCAUUAUAUUUUCUAAAGCUGUUAGAGGUAGAAGAAGGUUGUCGAGAAUUCAUAAUUUUCAAACUGAAAAUUUUCCUUUUACUUAUCUGGGUUUGCCUUUAUCAAACAAAAAACUAAGAGUUGAUGAUUAUAGAGUGCUGCUGGAUAAAAUACCUUGGGCAGCUAUGAAUCAGUUGGAAAAGAGGUUUAAGUGGUUCAUUGGAGUGUUGAUAGAUUGGUUCAUUGUGAAUACAAAUGUUAAAAGCAUAAAAUCAAAGGUGCUGGGUGCUUUUUUUGCUGUUACAAUUUGGAAAAUCUAG